UUCUAGGAAAGAAACAUCUGCUCGACAGACGAAAGACGCGUCUUUAGAUAACUCCCUUAAUAAACAUGGAAUCUUUCCUGGAAGAUCUGAAGAAGCACGUCCAAUGCUCCUUGUGUAAUGAUACWYUWACWGAACCGAAGAUYCUUCCAUGUUUCCAUACAUUUUGUAAGCCUUGCGUCGGAAGWCACGCCGAGCUCAUCGACCWAGUCAACGUCUUCAAGUGUCCUCGAUGCAAAUCACAAAUUCAUCUUCCAGAACCAARCAGCGUGGAAGAUCUACAGCCAAGUUCACUGCAUUCAAGAAUCUUGAAGGGUCUGGCGUUGGCAAAGGGAGAAAAGGUUUGCUCUGUUUCUGAGAGUCAUUCUCCAGCAUCUUGGUAUUGUUUUGAAUGCGAUCAUUCACUGUGUCAAGAAUGCAAGAAGAACCAUUCKUACUUCAUCAAAGAUCACAAGGUCGUUUGCCUGGCUGAUUUGAAGAAAGAAGAUAUUGAGUUCAUAACAACAAGAGAAAAUCCUUGUAAAAGUCACCCUCAGCACAGGCUAGAGUCAUUCUGUGAAGACUGUGAUGACAUGAUUUGUGUGACAUGCUGGAAAYACGAUCACAAGGAUCAUAAGACGAUGUCWUUAGAKAMSUUUGCUUCGAUCAAGAAAGAUGUAUUGUCAAAGCAUCUGCAAGUACUAGAGCAGUUGAAAUUAGAUGAAAAGGAACAACAGCAACAAGAAAAAAUCGCUAAAACUAUCAAACAACAAGGAGAAAAAGCAAGACAUGAAGUGAAAGAAAAUACCAAGAAAAUGAUCCAAAUUCUACAAGAAAAUGAACGAGAACUACUGAGACAAAUAGACGAGAAGUUCGGCACAGCCACAACAAACUUGAAUAUAAUUCCCCAUAUUCCAGCAGUCGAGGAAUACAUCAGGAAUAUGAUGGAAAAAGGACUGGCAAGUGAAAUGAUGAAGAUUCAAGAGACACAGUGCUCGGAGAAAUUCAUCUUCAACCCAAUUCCACUGUCAUCAAGAAUUGUCUUUAUUCCUAACCAAGAGCUGKUGCAACAAGUAAAUACAGGUCUUGGAGAAAUACARACGCAUUCUGAAACAGAUGACGAUGACGUGGAAAUAGAAGGAAAAGUAGAAGUAGAUAGUCAACUGACAGCAGAGGUUCAAGUGAAUGAGAAUCAUGUAUCUAAUGUGAAGCCUCAACAGAUGAGAGUAACACAAGGGUUUCAAAUAAAAGAUGUGUCGGAUACUUACAAUUGUUUAACAGGUAUGAUAGCAGUGAACAGGGACAACAGCAGGCUCGCUAUAGGAGUUACCAAUACGUCCUAUGACCCUUCAAGAUCUUAUUGCAAAGUCCACAUAUUUAAGACUAAUGGAGAUCUCAUACUCAGUUAUGAUUGUAAAGAUAGUGUGCAGGAACAUGGUCUUGGUCCCGACAGUUUAGCAUUCCUGAAUGAUACAGAUUUAGUCAUAGCAGACAAAGAUAAUCGAAGAAUAUGUAUAGUUAACACUAUAACAGGGAAUUUGUUCAAAACUUUCWGUAACCAAGGUGCCAUACAUAACGAGUUUUCUUAUCCAUAUGGAGUACACGUUGAUGACGAURGUAACAUCAUUGUGUGUGAUCGUGACAAUCAUCGUGUUCGUGUCUUCACAAGAGAUGGYGAUUAUAAAUAUCAGUUUGGUUUGACAAGAAAGGACWACUUUGAUCCGGUUGACGUGAUAACACAUGAUGGACGGUUUUACGUAAGUGAUCAUUAUAAUCAUGUUAUUCAUGUAUUUGAGAAGAAAGGUAAAGUACUGACUAGAAUAUCGACGAUUGGUGGAUACGGCAGURAUGAUGGUCAGCUGAGUASACCAUSGGGCCUGGCUAUUGAUAAUGACCAUCAUCUACUMGUGUGUGAUUSUGGUAAUAAUCGUGUCCAGAAAUUCACCCUGGAUGGUCRUUUUGCUGGCAAGACAGUCACCGAGGAUAAUAUCUACAAUCCUGUUUCUAUCGCAGCGUUGAAUGAUGGUCAGAUAUUAGUCUGCAUGGCUAAUUAUGCUGUGCAGUUUGUCAAGUAGAAAGAAUAUUAAUAAUUCAAUAAUGAUAUUGAUGAUGAAGAUUAUCCUUGUGAUAUUUGCGCGUGAAGUUAGUUGCAGAAAAAGAUUUCAAUUGAAGUUCAAGUGUGAAAGAAAACUGUACUUCUAGUCUAGUAAACUAGUUCUAUCGCCAUUGUAAAAAGUAAUU